AUGGCUUGGUCGUUCUCGUACGCAGGUACUAGUAGGAGGGCGGUUAUUUUGGCUUUCACGGUUAUUGCCAAGGGCCAAUUCCAGGGUCGGUUCGAUGCAGGCGGGCUGGAGCACGCCGUCAAGGAGAUCCUUCGAGAUCGCCGUCUCGGCCCUAAAAUAAGGAGUUGGCACGCCGUGCAACAUACCCGCCACACCAUGUGCCUAGCCAGUUAUGGCUCCCCGCACAGCGACAAUUCCGACCUUCUCGAUUCGACCACGACAUGGCAGGCCUGCCGCGCCACGUCUGCUGCCACGACCUUCUUCGACCCUAUUGCCAUCGGGCCGUUCGGCGAAGAAUUCGUCGACGGCGCGAGAACAACCCGGUGA